UCGGCUGUCAUCUCAGGUGAGAGACUAAUGGAGACUUAGAAGAUGAAGGUCGCACCACAGGUUGCCUUUAGCGGCUGCAUGGAGGCAAUCCUGGAGGCAGAGCCACCGGCGCUAAUUGUUUGAAGGAGGGAACCUACUGAAGCCUUCCUCCUCCUCAUCAUCUUUUGCUAUUACUCUCACUUCAUUGUUACUGUUAUUGUGUGUGGCGAACCCUGUUGAAGAUAAGAGUGAUUUGAUUGCAGGAACCCAGCUGCUGCUCAAUUUGUCUUGGUGAUUGCAGGGGCAAGGUGGAAGAUGUCUAACAACAUGGCCAAGAUUGCAGACGCAAGAAAGACAGUGGAGCAGCUGAAGCUGGAGGUCAACAUAGAGAGGAUGAUGAUAUCCAAAGCAGCAGCAGAACUGAUGUCCUACUGUGAAUCUCACGCUAAAGAAGACCCUCUGCUGACUCCUGUCCCUUCAUCGGAGAACCCUUUCAGAGAGAAGAAGAUAUUCUGUGUCAUACUCUAAUUCCUUAAAAAGUCGGCAGAAUACGUUUCUUUUGUGCAUUACUGUCUUUCUAAUUAAAUCAAUCUUGAGUGACUUUCCAGAUGCGAAUGAAUGAUCCGUCUUUUCGGCAUGACGUAGCGGCAAUAAAAUUUUAUUGAAAAAGA